ACCAGCCACACAAAGGAGCUUAUUGCUAAAUAAAUUAUUGAAAGCAAUCGUAUAUUUAAAAAAAGAUUAUUUGAUGGAAAUGGGUUCAAGCAUGAAAUCUCCCCCAGCUGAAGUUGAUUCGCGUUUUGAGCUAAAAUAUGCCCUUCGAAUCGGAUUAGGGGUAGAUCCUGACGUUCUUGAGUUUCGUUUACCAUUAGGGUUGAAGAAGGAGCAAAUAGAGCUUUCGUUGGUAAGAACCACAAUAACCGAUAAAAAUAACAAUAAAAGUGAGAUUAGAAGCUUGAGGAUGAAAUUGUUGGGGCUGAGUCCAAGGCGUGAUAAUGAAGAUGAGGAGGUAGAGAAGGAGUUCCGCAUUCCAACUGGAGGACGGUACGACGAGCAUGAAGAAAUAGAAGCCAGAUUUCAACGUCAAUCCUCCAUUCUCUGUGUCACUCUCCCAAAACGGACUACUUAAUCAUAGUAGCUAGCUCCAUCCAAUAAUGACUUAUAAAAUGUAUGGCUAUGUUAAGAUUCGGGUUUUCAUCUUAAAAGAUCAACUUGAUGACAUGAGAGGAAUAACGCAGAUCUUAAUAUAGUGUUUAAUUUAUUUGAGAGAUAUCCGAUAUGAGACUUUAACAGCUAGAUAGUGUGUAUAUAUGUUACAUUGUACACAACAAUAUGAAACAACUUUCCAUUCGAACGUUACACAUUUCCAUCAAAUGUUUGUUCACAUCAAAUAAUAUCUAUA